GCCUCCAUUUCGUCUUCUGCUUCUCUUCUUCUCCUUCUUCUUCAACCAUUAAACCCCUAAAACCCUAGAGAUGAUCCUCACCAAGCUCUCCCGCCAAAAACCACUUCCUCUCUCUCUCCUCUCGACGCGCCACCUCCUCUCCACCUCCGCCCCCGCCCCGGCCUCCUCCUCAAGGCUCCGCUCUCUCUACGCCUUCGAACCCCCGCUGUCUCUCCAUCCCCAAAGCUCUAGCUCCGGCGCCAAACCUCCGUCGAAGAAGAAAACCAAACCGCCGUACCGACCGCCCUCGUCGCUCGAUCGGACCAAGAUCAAAGCCGUGAAGUCGGACCUGCCGUUCGAUUUCAGGUUCAGCUACACGGAGAGCAGCCCCAACGUGAGGCCGAUAGGGCUGAGGGAGCCAAAGUACUCGCCGUUCGGGCCGGGCCGGGUCAACCGGGAGUGGACGGGGGUUUGCGCCCCGGCGGUGGACCGGAAGGUGAGGUCGGUGGAGGAGGGAGUGGAGGAACCGAAGUUGGAGGAGAAGAGGAAGGCGAUGAGGGAGAGUAUCCAGGGGGAGCCGCUCACUGGGGCUGAGCGGAAGAUUUUGGUUGAGAGGUGUCAGAGGCACAGGACCAAAAGGCAGAUUAAUUUAGGGAGAGAUGGCUUAACUCACAACAUGUUGAAUGAUAUCCAUAAUCACUGGAGGCGUGCUGAGGCAGUCAGGGUUAAAUGUAUGGGUCUCCCGACAGUUGAUAUGAAAAAUGUUUGCUUCCAGCUGGAGGAUAAAACCUUUGGAAAGAUUAUUCAUAGACAUGGUGGUCAGCUUGUUUUGUACAGAGGUAGAAACUAUAGUUCCAAGAGAAGGCCUGCAAUACCAUUAAUGUUGUGGAAACCCCAUGAACCUAUAUAUCCCAGGUUGAUCAAAACCACGAUCGAGGGCCUGAGCAUCGAAGAAACCAAGGAAAUGAGGAAAAAAGGACUAGCUGUGCCUGCUCUAACAAAACUCGCCAAAAACGGGUACUAUGGCAGUCUGGUACCAAUGGUCAGGGAUGCAUUUCUCACCAAUGAGCUCAUUCGGAUAGACUGCCGGGGACUUGAGAAAAGUGAUUAUAAGAAAAUAGGCUGCAAACUUAGGGACCUAGUUCCUUGCAUCCUUGUAACAUUUGAGAAGGAACAGAUUGUCGUAUGGAGAGGGCAGGACUAUAAGCCUCUGGAGGAUGUACAGUUCCCUAUGGAUUGGGAUGAAAGUCCAAACGGCACAUUACUUGUUGGUGUUGAGGAUGUUCGUAGCUCGGAUAGCAGCAGUAACAAGCAGUGGUUGAGCUCGAGUGACGAUGAGGAGUCGUCGGUUUCCUGAGUUUUACUCAGCAGAGCCAGCUGUGCAUUUGCUGAAUUAGAUUAAGUUUGUACUGGGAAUGGUAAGUUCAGAAGGCAAAGUUGCUUGCAAGGACUCAAAGAGACGCUUUCCAGGAAACUUCCGGGAGAGGUCUCAAGCGAUUACUGAUUUGCUCAAUCUCGGUUCUAGAGGAAAACGACAGGACCGGAAAUGAUGGAUCGAACUAUUGGAACUAGGCUUCUCCCAAUUCAAAAUCAUGGGCAUGGUUGGGGGUAUGGGCUUCUAAUCCCAGCGAGCACUCUAUGAUUUUGAACAACCAAGGGAUUAGUUCUGGGCUCUGGUCC